AUGUCUGCUGGAGGGUUUACAAGUCCCUUUGGGGCUAAUUCUAACCCGUUUGGGUCUUCGUCUGAUGCACGAAAAGGGGCAGACAGCUCAUCUGGCAUGAUGCGGCAGGUGAUCGAAGAGGACGAGAAUGCUGGGCCGCCCCCACCGCCGACCUUCAUACUCAAGACCGACUCCGGCUUUGGUGCUAGCUUCUUUCCGCAAGACACCUCCCCCGAUCUCUCUUCGCCUGGCCAUUUGCAACCUUUUGGAGAGUAUCCCGCGCAGUACAAUUUCGCUCGACGGACGUCCGUUUCUGCCGAGUCACUCAAGCCGGUGGCCGACUCAUACGACAACUGGAGCCCACCUGUCCAUCGCAAGUCAACCGAUCAGCUCGAGCGCCUGAAGCGAGCUAUCCAGAACAAUUUCCUCUUCAGCCAUCUGGACGAUGAGCAGUCGUCCCAGAUUCUCGGUGCCUUAGUAGAGAAGCCAAUCCCGACAACAGGCAUCAAGGUCAUCACUCAAGGGGAUUCUGGCGACUUUUUCUAUGUUGUCGAGAAGGGCAGCUUCGAUGUAUACGUCAACAGCAGUGGCUCGCUCCAAGCAGGCCCCGAGGGGCUCGGCCAGAAGGUGGACACAAUUAUGGCAGGUGGCUCCUUUGGCGAGCUGGCACUAAUGUACAACGCGCCACGCGCUGCUACGGUCAUGUCGGCUGAAGCUGCGUGCACCCUGUGGGCAUUGGACCGCCUCACGUUUCGCCGCAUUCUAAUGGAGUCCACCUUCGCACGGCGCCGUAUGUACGAGAGCUUUCUCGAGGAGGUGCCCCUGCUAGCAACGCUUACCCCAUACGAGCGAUCCAAAAUUGCGGAUGCGUUGGAAGCCCAAAAGUUCCCGCCUGGCGUCACUAUCAUCCGAGAGGGCGACCCCGGCCACUCGUUCUAUUUGGUAGAAAGCGGCGAGGCCGAUGCUUUCAAGGUUGGAACCGACAACCCUGUCAAAAAUUACCAAAAAGGAGACUUCUUUGGCGAGCUUGCGCUGCUCAACGACGCACCCCGUGCCGCUACGGUCAGGGCAAGAACCGAGCUCAAGGUUGCUACUCUAGGCAAGCCUGCCUUCCAGAGACUACUUGGCCCGGUCGAAGGCAUUAUGCGGAGGACGAGGUAUACGGGAGUGAAGACGGGAGUGGAAGAUCUGGAUCCCCUUCAGAGAGAGUCGUAA